ACUCUACAUUUUCUCUCUCCUCUCUCCUCUUUCUCUCUCUUCUUUCUUCAACGGCCAAUCUCAAGAAACAAAAAAGAAAAAAAUAUUAUUUUUUUCUUUUUUUUAUCUCCUGGUUUGGAUUCAAUUUCUUUCUCGAUUCAGGACUGGAGCGAAAUAGGGGUUUUGAUUUCGAUUUAAUUUUUCCAGAACAACAAAAAAAAAAAAACAUUUAUUAGGUUGAAUUAAAAAAAAAAAAAAAAAAAAAAAAGAUUGCCUGAAUCUUGAAGACAUGUCUCAAUCUCUGAAGGCUGGAUUCUCUGUUUCUGGUUCGUGUAAUAUAAUUAUGAACCGUAGGGGCGAAGGUUCUUUUAGGGUUUGUUCUUCAUUUGGCUCUCUUCAAUUUAAGGAAUCCCCCAAAUCGAGACAUUUCUUCGGCAAAACCCUUGAUUUUUCAGAUCAGAAUUCGCCCAAAUUGGGCCCUGUCCAUGCACAAGGGUUAGUAAGCUUUGUAAAAACACAGAAAUGGUGGGAGAAAUCACUGCAUCCAAACAUGGUGGAAAUCAAUUCAGCACAAGAAUUGGUUGAUUCUUUAUUGAACGCCGGUGAUAGAUUGGUCAUCGUUGACUUUUAUUCCCCUGGUUGUGGUGGCUGCAAAUCCUUGCACCCUAAGAUCUGCCAGCUGGCUGAAUCAAACCCUAGUGCACUAUUCCUAAAGGUGAAUUAUGAAGAACACAAGGCAAUGUGUUAUGCCCUACAUGUGCAUGUAUUGCCCUUCUUCAGAUUCUAUAGAGGUUCUCAGGGCAAAGCUUGUAGCUUCAGCUGCACUAAUGCAACCAUAAAGAAAUUUAGGGAUGCAUUGGCUAAACACGGGACGGAAAGAUGUAGUCUUGGACCGGCGAAGGGUUUGGACGAAUCGGAGCUUUUGGCAUUGGCUUCGAUCGGUCAGAUAUCGACGGAUUUGGUACCGAAUACGUCGGGAGAAGAGAGAGUUCAUAAAGAAUUUGUCUUUGCGGAAAGUAGUACUGCGAAAUCGAGUAAUGUAUCGAGCAAAGUUGAGAGGAAGAUGGGUAAUGCUAUGGUGACUGCUUAGAGUUGAGAUUGAAACUGAAACAAUCUCAAGAAGGGAUGAAUAUUAUUUUCUCUGUUGUGUUUUUUUUUUCCUUUUUUAUUUAAAAGAAAAUUAAAUGGAGAUUUAUGUAAAUAUAUUGGUAUCUGUGUGGAUGUAGUUAUGGAAGCAGGGCUAUGGGUUUUUUUAGAUAUGAGCCCUGUUUAGUUAAUUUUUAAUGGUUUUCAUUGUUGGAAUU